CCUGUUUGGAGCAAAGUUUGAGAGCGCUCUUCUCUUCUCUUCUUUUUAAAGCCCAACCGUACUGCUCUGCCAUCCCUCUGGUCGUGGUUCAGGGGACACUGGGCUCCUCCCCGGACCCCCCGCCUGAGAGCUGGGCAGAGGCACCCGGCAUGAUGAAGGGGCUCACGUGCUUUUUCCUCUGCUUCUUCCUUUGUGAAUCGAGAGGCUUUGAAAUCCCCACCAAUGGACUUUCAGAAUUUGCAGACUAUGGAGACCUUGUGGAGUUGGCUCCAGGCAAAUUCCAGUUUGUGCCAGAGAAUCGGAGGUAUCAGAGAAGUAUUUCUGGACAAUCUGGAGAAAGGAUGGAAGAUGUUGAUCAAGUGACUCUUUAUAGUUAUAAAGUCCAGUCUACUAUUACUUCUCGAGUGGCCAACACUGUUAUCCAGACCAAAGUGGAGAACCACUCUCCACAGCCUCAAAAUGUCGUGUUUGAUGUGCAGAUUCCCAAAGGAGCCUUCAUCUCCAACUUCUCCAUGACUGUGGAUGGCACGACUUUUACUAGUUCUAUUAAGGAGAAAACCGUGGGCCGAGCCCUCUAUGCUCAGGCGAGAGCGAAAGGCAAGACGGCAGGACUGGUGAGGAGCAGAGCUCUCGACAUGGAGGACUUCAAGACUGAAGUAAGCAUCGCCCCCGGAGCAAAGGUGCAGUUUGAACUUCAUUACCAGGAAGUAAAGUGGAGGAAGCUGGGGUCCUACGAGCACAGACUCCACCUGCAGCCAGGACGACUGGCCAAGCACCUGGAGGUAGAUGUGUGGAUUAUUGAACCUCAAGGACUAAGAUCUCUUCAUGUUCUGGACACAUUUGAUGGGCAUUUUGAUGGCGUUCCCAUUGUAUCUAAAGGACACCAGAAGGCACACGUUGCCUUCAAGCCCACGGUCGCACAACAGAGAAAAUGCCUCAACUGCUCAGAGACGAUGGUCGAUGGUGACCUGGUGGUGAUGUAUGAUGUGAACAGAGAGGAGAAGGUUGGGGAACUUCAGGUAUUUAAUGGAUAUUUUGUCCACUUCUUUGCUCCUGAGAACAUGGACCCAAUUCCCAAAAACAUCCUGUUUGUCAUCGACGUUAGUGGCUCAAUGUGGGGGAUUAAAAUGAAACAAACGGUGGAAGCAAUGAAGACCAUUUUGGAUGACCUGAGAACUGAAGACCAUUUCUCCGUGGUUGAUUUCAACCACAAUGUUCGAACCUGGAGAAACGAUUUAGUCUCAGCUACUAAAACACAGGUUGCAGAUGCCAAGAAUUACAUUGAGAAAAUCCAGCCCAGUGGAGGCACAAAUAUCAACGAAGCCCUGCUGCGGGCCAUCUUUAUUUUGAAUGAAGCCAAUAACUUGGGAAUGUUGGACCCCAACUCUGUCUCGCUGAUCAUCUUGGUGUCUGAUGGGGAUCCAACAGUAGGUGAACUGAAACUGUCAAAAAUCCAGAAGAAUGUGAAGCAGAACAUACAAGACAACAUCUCCUUGUUCAGUUUGGGGAUAGGAUUUGAUGUGGACUAUGACUUUUUGAAGAGACUCUCCAAUGACAACCGUGGGAUCGCACAAAGGAUUUACGGAAACCAGGACACUUCUGUCCAACUCAAGAAAUUCUACAACCAGGUCUCAACUCCCUUGCUCCGGAAUGUUCAGUUUAACUAUCCCCAAACGUCAGUCACAGACGUCACUCAGAACAGUUUCCAUAACUAUUUUGGAGGCUCAGAGAUCGUGGUGGCUGGAAAAGUGGACCCUGAGAAAUUGGGGCAGUUACAGAGCAUUAUCACGGCAACUUCGGCCAACGCAGAGUUAGUCUUGGAAACCCUGGCUGAGAUGGAUGGCUUGGAGGAUUUUCUAUCCAAGGACAAGCAUGCAGAUCCUGAUUUCACCAGGAAAUUGUGGGCCUAUCUGACCAUCAACCAACUUCUAGCUGAACGGAGCCUGGCUCCUACAGCUGCUGUGAAAAGGAAAAUUACAAAGACGAUCCUGCAGAUGUCUCUGGAUCACCACAUAGUGACCCCCCUCACGGCGAUGGUGAUUGAGAAUGAGGCCGGGGAUGAACGCAUGCUAGCAGACUCCCCUCCGCAGGACCAUUCCUGCUGUUCAGGUGCCCUGUAUCACGGCAGCAAAGUGACCCCAAAUUCAGUCCCAUCGUGGGUCAACCCUUCGCCAGCGCCAAGGGUCCCAAUGCCUGCUGUCGGUGCUCAGGUGCUUGAGUCAACCCCUCCGCCACAUGUGAUGAGAGUUGAAAAUGACCCACACUUCAUCAUCUACCUACCAAAAAGCCAAAAGAAUAUUUGUUUCAAUAUUGACUCAGAACCUGGAAAAAUCCUCAACCUUGUUUCUGAUCCAGAAUUAGUUUACAAUGCUGUGUCAUUAAUUCCUUUCUGCCUUCCCACUAGGGUGCUUGUUUCUGUGAAGAAAGAGAAAACUGUGACUAUCACCCUGGAUAAAGAGAUAUUCUUCUCUGUUCUACUUCAUCGUGUUUGGAAGAAGCACCCAAUCAAUGUCGACUUUUUGGGAAUCUACAUCCCGCCUACAAACAAGUUUUCUCCUAACGUGCAUGGGCUGAUAGGCCAGUUCAUGAAUGAGCCAAAGAUCCAUAUCUUCAACGAGCGACCGGGAAAGGACCCUGAGAAGCCAGAGGCAAGCAUGGAGGUGAAGGGACAAAAGCUGGUUGUCACCAGGGGUCUGCAGAAGGAUUACCGGACGGACAGAGUGUUUGGAACGGAUGUUCCCUGCUGGUUUGUGCACAACAGCGGGAAAGGCUUCAUCGACGGGCAUUACAAGGAUUACUUUGUGCCUCAGCUCUAUAGCUUCCUCAGACGGCCUUAAAAGUUUAUAGCUGGGGAAAUUCUCAAUAAAAAAUAUAGUUUUUUUUCCCCCUGCCA